AGUGGCCAUGUCGGGCCCGGAGGAUGGGCCGGGCCAGGAGCCGGAGCUCGACGAGGACGAGGCGGCGUAUUGCCGGCGCUGGGGCGCGCAACACGCCGGGGCCCGCGAGCUGGCCGCCCUCUACUCACCAGGCAAGCGCUUUCAGGAAUGGUGCUGCGUGGUCCUGUGCUUUGGCCUCAUCGCCCACAACCUGGUCCAUCUCCUGUUGCUGGCCCGCUGGGAGCACACGCCCCUCGUCAUGCUGGGUGUCGUUGCAGGGGCGCUCAUUGCUGACUUCUUGUCUGGCCUGGUGCACUGGGGAGCCGACACGUGGGGCUCCGUGGAGCUGCCCAUCGUGGGGAAGGCUUUCAUCCGACCAUUCCGGGAGCAUCACAUCGACCCCACCGCCAUUACACGACACGACUUCAUUGAGACCAAUGGGGACAACUGCCUGGUGACCCUGCUGCCACUACUGAACAUGGCCUACAAGUUCCACACGCAGACCCCUGAGGCCCUGGAGCAGCUGUACCCCUGGGAAUGCUUUGUCUUCUGCCUGAUCAUCUUCAGCACCUUCACCAACCAGAUCCACAAGUGGUCACACACGUACUUCGGGCUGCCACGCUGGGUCAUACUCCUGCAGGACUGGCACGUCAUCCUGCCUCGUAAACACCACCGCAUCCACCAUGUCUCGCCCCACGAGACCUACUUCUGCAUCACCACAGGCUGGCUCAACUACCCUCUGGAGAAGAUGGGCUUCUGGCGACGGCUGGAGGACCUGAUCCAGGGCCUGACGGGAGAGAAGCCUCGGGCCGAUGACAUGAAAUGGGCCCAGAAGAUCAAAUAACUCCUUCGAGCCUGUCACCUUAUUGCCAACCUUCCCCGGUCCCCCUCCCAAACCGAAGCCAUCUGCCAAAUCCCAGCCUCCUCGCUGGCCCCUCCAAGUGGAGAGGACGCCUCCUGGGCUGGGCCCGGGCAGCCCAGCCCACCCCUUGUGACAGAAUACUUGAGCCACUGAUUCUUCAUGUCCUUUCUUUUCUGUUUUCUUUCCUCGGCCCCUCCCCGGCCAUCUGAGCUGCUCUGUCUGCCAAGCCUGACUGCUGAAGGAGCCCCACCUGCCAGCCACCCUGGUUAGGGGGCGCUUACCCGGUCCCUGCGCCCCUGGGCAGCCCUUCAGCAUGGCUGGUGUUGGGCCACUGAGUCAUCUUACCUGCCCCUCCUUGUCUGACCCAGGUGGCCUCGGAGCUGCUACAGAGUCCCUGUACCAUGGCCCUGCGAGCUGAACCCGCAGGCCUCGGUGGGUGGACAUCCCUAGCUGCCUGCCCAGUUGACGACAUGCAGCUGGCCGUCCCCUGCCCGGGUCUGGAGCACCCUUCUUUGCCCCUCCCCAUCUGUCCGUGAUGCCAGCUAGAGCCGAUGCUUCUAACGGGAGGCACAGCCCUGCAAAGGGUCUUUGCGGUUUGCAAGGAGAUGCAUUGUCCCCUCCGGUCAGGGGUAUGUCAGAGAAGGAAGAGGGGCUUUUUGUUUUGAUUGGGUUUUUUUUUUUUUAAAGGUGCUUGCUUGUUUAAUGUAAAUAAUAGAAAGCCUUAAUAUCUUUUCUGUAACAUGGAGUAAUAUUUUAAUGUCAUGUUUUUGGAUGUACAUAAUAUAUUUAUAACAAAGCAGCAAGCGUCUAUUUAACCUUGGCUGCGUGGUGUUUCCUGGCUGGUUGGCUGGGAGGGGUGGUAAGGAGCUCGGUGGGUGAGGCCCCCACUCCACUCCCAACUCCCCCACCAACCCUGGGCUCAGGAUAGGAGCUUUGUUACCCGAGACAGUGAAUUAAUGUUGACACAUCGUGGCAGGGACCCACGACUUGGUGAAGCAUGCUCUUCAUUCAGGAGGUCAUGGUGUUGAGAGAUGAAGGCAGCUGCCUACCGGUGAAUCCCUGUGACAAACACUGACUGGCACCUGCUGUAGACCAGGCCUCACCUGGACACUAGAGCACAGCAGUGAACAAACAGGCAAAGCUUAACCCUGGCAGAGCUGACCUUCUGGGGAGGGAGACAAUAAAUGUAAAUAAAUGCACAUGGAC